GUAUAUAUACAGAGAAUGGAGACUUGGAAAGAGCCACAAAUAGGUCAAAGAAUGGGUGGAGAAAAAAACACGGUGGGGGAGGAGCCACUCAGCCCAUGCUCACGGCUGUUCAAUUCUCCAGAUUUUAACUGUGCGAUAAUCGUCAUAAUGGGAUGCAAAGUCAAAGGAAACGCACCUGCCAUCAUCGACGGCCUUAAACACACCCUUGUUAAUCAUCCUCGCUUCUCCAGCAUUUUAGAGAUGAACGAUGGGAAGAAAGGGAAACCGAGUUGGGUUCGGACCGAAGUUAGAGUAGAAGAUCAUGUGAUUGUUCCUGAUAUAGAUCCCAACAUUGAAAACCCUGAUCAGUACCUUGAAGACUAUAUCUCUAAGUUAACGACAAUUCCUAUGGAUUUGUCUAAACCAUUAUGGGAAAUUCACUUACUCUGCCUCAAAACAUCAAACGCUGAGUCCAUUGGCCUUCUCAAGAUCCAUCAUUCUUUGGGUGAUGGAAUGUCUCUCAUGUCUCUUUUCCUCGCUUGCACCCGCAAAACAUCAGACCCCGAGGCUUUGCCUACUGUCGCGGUUCGGAAAAAACAGUUUGGUCCGAGCUGUUACACCGGUUUUUUCAACAAGAUUUGGUGGUUAUUUGUGGGACUUUGGUUCAUCCUAAAAUUGGUUUUCAACACUUUUGUUGAUGUCUUAAUGUUUGCUCUAACAAUUUGUUUCUUGAGGGAUACGGAGACUCCUCUCUUGGCCAAACCCGGUACUGAACUUGUCCCUAAGAGGUUCGUCCACCGGAUUAUCAGUUUCGACGAUGUUAAGGUGGUGAAGAAUGCAAUGAAACUGACGGUAAAUGAUGUUCUUCUUGGAGUAACACAAGCCGGACUUUCCCGGUACCUUAGUCGGAGAUAUGAUCAAGAAGCAACACCCAAAUCGAAAGAGUCAAUGAGGAGAAUCCGACUUCGUUCAGCCAUUAUGAUUAAUUUGAGACCAAACACUGGAAUAGAGGCUCUAGCGGAUAUGAUGGCCAAGAAAUCGAAAUGCAGAUGGGGAAAUCUCUUCGGUUACAUUCUCCUACCAUUCUCUGUCGGGCUGGAGACAGACCCUCUAGAAUACGUACGACGAGCCAAAGUUACGGUCGACCGCAAAAAACACUCCCUUGAGGCUGUAUUCUCUAUGGCGUUCUUUAAAUUGAUACUAAAAGUUUUGGGGCUCAAGGCAAGUGUAGUUCUUGUAAGGAAAGUGAUUCAUAACACAACGUUGACGUUCUCCAAUGUAGUAGGUCCAAAAGAAGAAAUAACCUUUCACGGCCACCCGUUAUCUUAUAUCGCCCCUAGUGUUUUUGGCCACCCACAUGCUCUUACUGUACAUUUCCAGAGUUAUGAGAAUAAGGUCAUAAUAUCAGUAACGGCCGAUCCAACAGUCAUUCCUGACCCUCACAAGAUGUGUGAUGAUUUUGUGGAGUCUCUCAAGUUAAUUAAAUCCACUGUCCUAGAAAGAGGGUUAUAUGAGAUGGAGGUUUAGUAAAAAAUACUCUCUGUUGCCUCAGCAUAUCGUAUUUAAAUAGUUAUUCAGUUUUAGUUCCAUGGGCAUGUACAAGUCUAUUUAAAUAGUUAUUCAGUCUAAGUGUACUUAUUAAAAGACAGGCCAUCUUGAAUGAAGUAAUGAUUAUCAACGAGGAAACUGUGCAUGCAUGUAUCCUUGUGUUGUUUUAAACUUACUGAUCCAACUUUGUUUU